GCUCCCCGCCCGCUGACACAAAGCGGGUCCAAGAUGGCGGAGGCGGGCGCGGGGAGCCCGCACGGCGGGGACGCGGCGCCGCCGGGGCCGCCCGAAGAGCAGGAGCUGAGCCGGCGCCUCCGCCGCCUCUACCCCGCCGUCAACCAGGACGAGACGCCGCUGCCGCGCUCCUGGAGCCCCAAGGACAAGUACAACUACAUCGGCCUCUCGCAAGGCAACCUGCGCGUCCACUACAAAGGUCACGGUAAAAAUCACAAAGAUGCUGCCUCGGUCAGGGCCACUCACCCCAUCCCUGCAGCCUGUGGCAUUUAUUACUUUGAAGUGAAGAUCGUCAGUAAAGGUAGAGAUGGGUACAUGGGAAUAGGACUUUCUGCUCAAGGAGUCAACAUGAACAGGCUUCCUGGAUGGGAUAAACAUUCCUAUGGGUACCAUGGAGAUGAUGGGCACUCCUUCUGUUCCUCGGGGACAGGGCAGCCCUACGGCCCCACGUUCACCACUGGAGAUGUCAUUGGCUGCUGUGUCAACCUCAUCAACAACACCUGCUUCUACACAAAAAAUGGCCACAGUUUAGGUAUAGCCUUUACAGACCUCCCUUCAAACCUCUACCCUACAGUGGGUCUCCAGACUCCAGGGGAGAUCGUGGAUGCCAACUUUGGGCAGCAGCCCUUUGUGUUUGACAUUGAGGACUACAUGAGGGAGUGGAGGGCGAAGAUCCAGAGCACCAUUAAGCGGUUUCCCAUAGGAGACAGGCUGGGAGAGUGGCAAGCCAUGCUGCAGAAUAUGGUUUCCUCAUAUUUGGUCCAUCAUGGGUACUGUUCAACAGCAACUGCCUUUGCCAGAGUCACAGACACCACAAUCCAGGAAGAACAGACCUCAAUAAAGAAUAGACAAAGAAUACAGAAGCUAGUAUUAGCAGGCAGAGUGGGAGAGGCUAUAGAAGCCACCCAGCAGCUCUAUCCUGGCCUCCUAGAACAUAACCCCAACCUGCUCUUCAUGUUAAAGUGCCGGCAGUUCGUGGAGAUGGUGAACGGCACGGACAGCGAGGUGCGCUGCUUCAGCGCCCGCAGCCCCCGCUCCCAGGACAGCUACCCCGGCUCCCCCAGCCUGAGCCCCCGGCACGGAUCCGCCAACUCACACCUUCACAGUACUGGAGCAGAUAGUCCAACCUGUAGCAAUGGAGUCAUGUCCACAAAAAGCAAACAGAGUCACAGUAAAUACCCAACACUGAGUUCAUCAUCUUCAUCUUCCUCCUCCUCUUCCCCUUCAUCUGUGAACUACUCGGAGUCCAAUUCCACAGAUUCUACCAAAUCUCAGCAGCACAGUAGUACGAGUAAUCAAGAAACCAGUGACAGCGAGAUGGAAAUGGAGGCUGAGCAUUACCCCAACGGAGUCCUGGAGAAUUCAUCCACCAGGAUAAUGAAUGGCACCUACAAACAUGAGGAGAUCCUGCAGACAGAUGAGUCCAGCAUGGAAGACAGCUGUCCCCAGAGGCAGCUCUGUGGAGGGAACCAUGCUGCCACAGAGAGAAUGAUCCAGUUCGGGCGGGAGCUGCAGAUCCUGAGUGAGCAGCUUUGCAGAGAGUAUGGGAAGAACACCAUGCACAAAAAGAUGCUUCAGGAUGCCUUUAGCUUGUUAGCUUACUCAGACCCUUGGAACUGCCCUGUUGGCCAACAGCUGGACCCCAUCCAGAGGGAACCUGUGUGUGCUGCUCUCAAUAGUGCUAUUUUGGAAUCUCAGAACCUGCCAAAGCAGCCCCCGCUGAUGCUGGCCCUGGGCCAGGCCUCGGAGUGCCUGCGGCUGAUGGCGCGCGUGGGGCUGGGCUCCUGCUCCUUCGCCAGAGUGGACGAUUAUUUGCACUGACAGGAGCUGCCGUGGAGUGCUGCCCUUCACCCUCUGCUGCUGCCACUCUGCACCACCACCUCCUCCCUGCCACAAGCCCCUGUAGCACACACACACACACACACACUGCCCGUGCCAGGACGGAGUGAGUCCCUCGCUGUGUGGCUGUUGUGACCCCGGGGAGCCUGGCGGGGCUGAGCCAUCUCCCUGCGCUCAGUAUUUCGCUGGUUAUUCUAAUGUAGCACCUUCUGAUGUAGGGAUUUUUUCUCUUUUUUGUUUUUGAUUUGAGUUGUUUCUCAUGGUUCCACCGAUGUUUUAUCUGGAGAGUUUUGCUGAGCUGGUUUAUGCUGAUUUACUGAGGAAGUUCAUCAAGUUGGUGACAGCUUGUUCUUUUCUUCCCUUCUCCCUCCAUCGUGCACAUACAGCAUCAUCCGUGCUAGUAAUCAGAACUCUUCUCACAGUGGCAGUUCAGAGGGAAUUUUUUUUUUAUUUUAUUUGAAUCAUGUUUAUUAAAAAGGUCUCUUCCACCUCCACAAAGUCAUUGAUGUAUUUAUUGCCCACAGACUCGGUCCCAGCCACACUCACCAUACAGCCCCUCAGGUGAGGUAGGUCCUGUCACACACUAAUGAUGAAACCUGGUCCUUCAUGGUGCCUCUUUUCAGAGCCCAAGGCUCUCAAUCUUGGCUUUGUGAGUGGGAAGAGUAGAAGAUUAGCAUUGCCUGUGUUGGUGAUUGUGCUGUAGAAGCAUCUCACAGCCCUGAGAAAGAGUUAAAUCCAGCUCUCUGAACAGCUGGAGGGACAGGAAUGAUGAAUAUGAAGUCAUCUGCCACUGUAUGGUAGAACCAGGUCAUGUGAGUUCACCAGAAACAUCUGUGGGCAUGCCCUGGUGUGUUGACACUUUUUAAUUAAAUAACAAACCCCACAUUUUUCUCUAUGGAGGAGGGCUUUGCCACUAACUCAGUAAUAACAGUAUUUCCUGCCCUCUCCCAUCUCUGUAACACUGAUCUAAAUGAGCACUUCUAAAUUUUGGAAGUGUCUGGAGAAACCUGGGCUAGCUGUGCUUGUCCUUGCUGGUGGGACAAGCUGAGGUCAGGUUGCAGGUUGGGGUCAGUACCAACUCUGUGGGGCCUGAGCCAUUCAGAAGGGAGCAGCAGUGUUUCUUUAGGGAUUAUUAAGAUAAUUAUUGAAGUUCCAGCCCCAAAAGACACCAGCAAGGAUCUGUGGGUGAGUAACCUCUGAGUAAAAUGGACUGAUGUGUCCAUGCUGUGUGCCAGGCUCAGGGACUUGAGUGCUGAUAAGCAUUCAGACCACCUGGGAGUGUUUCUGAGCUUCUGUUACCUGGCCAGGCUGCCUGGCAGCACCGUGUGCUUUCCAUCCUCUGCUGUACCAUUGGGACAUGGCAGGUUCAGCUGGCAGGUUCGGCACCAAAUUAAUUUUAGGUCAGUAGCUCUGGGGAGAACCCAAGGGAGCUCAAACCAAACAUGAAUUUUACUGCUGUUCACAAAUUUUUUUUGGAAGGUCAAUGAAAGAUGAACAGGUUUUGUUCUUAAAAUGGAGGUUAGCCUGUGCCAGGGCUUCAAGCACCAAGAGGGUUUGUGUGCCACUGAGAGGAACAGUAGCAGCAGCCCAAAGCUUUAAGGAUUUUCUGGGUUUGCAGGAUGGAUUUUAGCUGGCACAUGAGGUCUGAAAUCAAGGCAGAGCAGGGGGCAGGUGCCAGGACAGGCUGUGGCAGUGAAUGUGCAGAUGGUGUUGGAGGUGGUUGGAACAUUAUCCCUGCCUUUUGGUGAAGGUGUGCAGUGUGUAGGGGCAGUGAAAAGAAAACAGGAGGCUUAGAGCUGCAGGAGAUGCUUUAAUCAGAUCACUGGGACAGCUGCAAAAGGCAGAGGGAGCUCUGGCGCAGCCUUUCUUCCAGGAGGCAGAGGCAGAGGGCUGCACCAAGCAGAAUUUAACCUGCCAGUCUGGGGCUUCUCUUGCAGCUCCUCUGCAGAACAGCUCCUGUGCCUGACAGCUCAUCUGUUCAUUGCCAGCUCUGCUGGUGGAUCCUAGCCCAGCCUUGCUGCAGGUGCAGAGAUAACUCAGUGCAAAGGUUUCCUUCCCAAAGCCUCGGGUCCCAGAUGUGCCAGAGCUCUACCUGGUGGGAUUCUCCUGCUGGCUUUCCAUUCCUCAGGCUGACAGCACCCUGCUGGGCUCAUUCUGGGUGCUGAGCUACUCCAGGACCUUGCUUUGCCUUCCCCUUUUAGCAGCUUCCUCUGCUCUUGGUCACCACUUGCAGCAGUCUGGCUGCAGUCAGACCUCUCUCUCAUCUUCAUAGCAGCACCAUCUUUAUCUUUCUGAGGGUUUUUGUUCCUUCUCUUUGUGGUUUCUUUACGCCAAGUCUCUUCAUCAUGUGUCAUAUUAAUGCCCCAUUUGGUCUCUCAGCAAAGCUUUGCUGACUGUCCUGGAGUACCUUUUUAAAUUUUAAAUUUUUGUUUCACUACCCAAAACAAAAAACUAACCAAGAGAUAUUCCUAGAUAUCUGGUUAUUUUGGUGCCAAGAAAUGUGUGAUUGAUGUUAUUUGGGUUUUUUUAAUUUACUUCAAGUGUUCUGGUGGUUUCACCAGUGGUUUCUGCUUCUUGUACUCAGAUUCUGACUGAUGUGGCCUUGACUCAGUGUGGGGAGGAUAAGCAUGUUUGUGGUGGGAUGUAGGUCCCAACCUGCCCCUGAUUCCUAGAUGGGAUUUCUCAGUGGUCUUCUCAGGUUGCAUUUCAAAGCCUCUUGCCUUUGAAUCUCCCUGGCUACUCUUUGAUGGUUCAUGUUGGCUUAAACUUGGAUUAUUGCAGUAGUUUUAAAAACAGAGCUAGAGUGAAAUGGGGUCUGUAACACUGAAUGUGGCUGUACACCUAACUAGAGGCUACAUGGCAAUUCAAAAGUUACUUUUAUAAAAAUGAUUUGGGUUUUUUUUUCUUCCAAGUGCCUCAAACAACCUGGUCCCUGCUCCCAGCAGUCUUUCAGUACAGCCAUGUUUUACUGUGGAGCCUGUAGGAGAAACUGCUGGUAUCAUUCCUCAUGGUUACCCACACCUGGGAUCUUCCCAUAUCCUUCCUUCUCUUUUUCACAGUGACAUCUCAAUCUCUCCUCAAGCUGUGUCCUUGUUUUUCACAUUUUAUUAAGGCAUCUUUACCAUUCUUUAAAUAGCUUUGUUCUUGAGGCUGCCUUGAAAAACUGGAGCAACCAGAGCUGCUGGAGAUAGUUUAGGGAUUGAAUGUAUCAUUUUCCACCUUGGGUAGCAGGGAUGAUGAACAUCUCCUCCUUCAGCAAGGAAACCAGGCUGGGUUGCAGCUGUGCUUUGGUACCUGCCUGUGUUAACAGGUGACCUGUUUGUGUCACACACAUUUCAGAGUUCUGCUGUCCUGGCUUGAUGGAGAAGGUGACCUGUGGCAGCCAGGCUGCAGAGCAGUGUGUAAGUGCCAUGAAGCUGUGUGGUGCUCCAUGUGGGAUCAGAAGUUCUGCCCUUAAGCAGCAGUGCAGACUUGAACUGUCCUGUGGCAGACAGGGGUCCCUCACUCCAGUCUGGGUGCAGUGAUGCCCCAUGGAGCUGGUGACAGCUGGGAAAAGGAGCAGGAGCUUCUGCUCCACCCGGGAGUGCCCUUUGCAGAGCAGCAUCUUCCUUCAGCCCUGCCAGGGUGGGAGCAGCCUCAGUGGUGGGGCAGGAGAGGGCAGGUAGAGAGCAAGUGUUGGGUCUCCAGCUGUACCAAGGUGUCUCUGUGUGGGGACGUGCCAGGGGACCUGCUGGGUGCUGCUGGGACCCUUCAGAUCCAAAGCUGGCUGGGAGCCUUGUCCCAUCUGCUGUGUAGGGGCAGAGCUGGAGGAAGUGCUGCUGGGGCUGUGUGAGGGGAGCUGCAGCAGAUUUGGGAGGAAAAGGGAGGAGUUGAGAACCUGGAGGUCUCUUCCAUAGACAGCUCUAGCUGCUCUCCACCAUCCUCCCCUGCAACAAGAGGUGGCAGGUGAUGGAUGAGUGAACCUGGCAUGUCUGUCCCUCUCCCCACAUUCCAGACCAAAGCUCAGAGCCUGCAGCUUGAGCUGGGGCAGUGCCCAGCAAGCCAGGGCAUCAGCCAGGCUUGAGGAGCACACACACAUCGUGCCAGCUCCUUAUUUCCAGGAGGGAAGCUUAACUCACAAGUCCUGUGUGGAAUUCACACUCACAUCACCACAGAAACAUUCCUGGAGGCCAUGCACACCUCUGCUCCUUGCUGAAGGUCCCAUGGCCAGGCAGACACCUUCUCUCUGGUCACUCACUUGGGUCCAGGCGAGUGCUUGGAUGUUUUUGCUUGGGAGGACUUCAGCCACAUCCGUCCUCCAGAAGGGAGCACAGAGGGAUUUUUGUAUGCUGGGCUUCUCACAGGCUUAGACUUGGAGAAAGGAGAAGCAGCAGCAGCAGCUCUGGGGAUAAUCCAGAUUUUAAAGAAAAUUUGAAAACCACAAGUAUGGUGACUUCCAGCCCAAGGACUGCACCGGCGCUGGAUUGGGAUCGUGUCUCUGUCCUGCCUGUGCAGUGGGGGAGGCAGGAGGAGGCUGCAGCCCCUGAAGCUCUCACACACAGCAGUGCCAGCCCCAGGACCUGCCCAGCACGCAGUGAACUCUCCUCUCCUCUCCUGCUGGUUGCUCAAAACUCAGGUAUGAAAUGCUCAGCUGGAGCACGGGGUGCGAGCUCUCCGCAGGUUUCCCGGCAGCCCUGGAGGAGCAGCCACUGCUGGGCACAGCUCCCUGUGCCACCCCAGGCUUCUCCAGGCCCUUGGGAGGGAGUUUCACCUCUUGGGUACAGCAUUGGCUACGUGGACAUUACACAAACUGUGCACAUUGGUUCAGUCUACGCUUAGUAUUUGUGAAUUAAGUUAUCUGAUGCUUCGCAUGAAAACUUCAAAAAAGGGACUGGGGGGGGGGUGGAUUUUAACUGAGAAAAAGCCUAUGAAAAUAUACUGGAAAUACGGUAAAGAAAUCGACAUUCUGCUGUAUAUUGACAGAAUUAUUUUUAUUAAAAUACACAUCCAUGUGCAAGA